AUGACCGACGCGACCCCUGUCUCGAUUUGGUAUGCCGCCAAGCAAGGCGACUUGACUACACUGAAGCAUUUGAUUGAAGUCACCGGCCAUGCGUUCGACCAACUAGAUCCCGAGCUCAAGACGCCAUUCUACUACGGCUGCACAUACGACCGCGUGUACGUGCUGCAGUACUUGGAAGGGUUGUAUCGCAGCCGCAACGUCGAGAUGCCAGAGGACCAGCGCGCGUGGUGCAUUGUCAGCUGCCUGACCAAAGACGUUCGGCUAUACCUUGAGGGCAAGACCACACUGAACGACGUCAUUGCCAAGCGCGAAAAAGCGGCCCGGGACAACGAGCUGUCCGCGCGUGACGCGGCGGUGGCCGGCAACACCAGCCGCUUGCGCUGGUUUCUCAAGAACGACCACGAUAGUGUGUUGAAGCAAGGCGAUGCCUCGUCGGUCCUCGUGGCGGCGGCGGAAGCUAACCAGUUGGCCACGACCGCGAUGCUCAAAGACUUUGUCAAGAGCCAGGUCACCCCCGAAGAGUUCGAGCGACAGUUGGACACUGCGCGGGCGGCUACGACGUCGGACAAUGUGCGGAAAAUUCUCGAUGGACAGUUGUCCAUGAAGGACGUCAUGUUGCUGGAAAAGGCAGCCGCGCCGACACCUAGAGGCAGCUUCGAUUAA